AGAACGGUGAGAAUGAGCAACUAGGGAGGUAACCGGCACCAGGGCCACCACAAACGACGAAGACAACACACUGCUACAAAUUACAUGUUUGAGGAUGUUCCUCCAUUUAUCCUUGGCACUAGCCACCUGGUGGUAACGGGUAACAAAAACGGCCAGCCAUCCAUCGGCCGUGGCUUGUCGCAAUGCGAUGUUCAACGAGUUACAGUAAUGGUUCUGUCAUACUUAGAGGAAGUAUAUUACUACACCUCAUCAAUCUUAUAAGUUGUCUCAUGCAAUGUCACGUCAGAUCUUUACUGAUGUGGAGGAGAGAGUGGGAGAAAGAGAAAGAGGCCGUUGUUUUACGAAACAACCACCUCAUAGGCUAGAUUUUAUGACUAUGAGACGACUACUCCACCAUUGUACAAAUUGUGGUUGCAUACAACUUACAAUAUUUCUUUUUUCCUAUGCAUAAAUUAAGGAAAUAUAAUUACUAUGAGGCAACUUAAAAAGACAACCCAUUGUACAUGUUGUUUGUUAACUCGUCUCAAGAUUACGUUUUGAUGCAUGAGAUCACCUAUUACACAAUACCAAUGUACUUGCCCUUACGAGAGGUUGUAAAAUUCCGACUUCAACCCUAUCCAUUGAAAGAGUUUGUAAACACAUUCCAAAAGGAUUUGAGGUUGUAAAAUUCCACUUCAACCUUAUCCAUUGAAAGAGUUUGUAAACACCUUCCAAAAGGGUUUGGGUUGGUAUAAAAGACAAAUUUAUUGAAGGAAAGAAAGAAAAUAAAUUCCUCGAAAAGAAAAAGGAAAAAAACGAGAUGGGGUGAACGCAAAUCGAACAAACUGGGGGCGCAGCAGCAGCGGCCCUGCGGCGGGGCCGCCUAGAGUUCUCCCAAGGUACGCUCGCCUCGCCGCAAUCCAUCCCUUCUCAAAAGGGAAACCAAAAUUCCGAAAUAGGAGGGAGUCAGGUGCGGCGAGACGAUAGGAAAGCAGAGGGAUUUUCGAGCAGCAACAGUUUGCGCGAAGGCUGCGGCGGUCGGCGGUCUCGGAGAUGGGUUCCGGCAUGAGCAGCUUCCGGCGGCCGGGCGACUUCGCCUUCGAUCCGAUGAAGGGGGUGAUUCCCCUGCUGGGGCUGCAGGUGGCGUUCGCGUACGGUCGCCCGGACUCCGCCAGGCCGCCCGUCACGGCGGCGCUGCUCGCCGCCAACGUGCUGGUCUUCCUCCGCCCCGGGCCCCUCCACAGGAUCCUGCCCAGGAUCAACGACGUCGCCCUCAACUACCAACUCUUCCUCAGGUUCAUGUUGUGGGAUAACUUGUUCCUGUCAUCUUUCUACCACUUGAACGAAGUUCACUUAUUCAGCAACAUGACAACUCUCUUGUGGAUGGGCGGACCGCUUGAAACAUACAUGGGUAGUGCUGAGUUUGCUUUCAUGGUUGCUAUAUUGCUUGGCCUGUCGGAGGGUAUCGCAGCGCUUUUGUCCCAAUGCUUAUUCUUUCUUGGUGACGAUAUCGCGUAUUUUGACCACCAUGUUGUUGGAUUCUCUGGUGUGCUGUUUGGCAUGAAGGCUGUGCUGGGUACCUGGCCGGACAGUUUUAUGUGGAUUCCAGGGAUGGUCAUUCCUGCAAAGUAUGCUGUCUGGGCGGAAUUGUUCCUCACGCGGGCUUUGAUUCCCAAGUCUUCCUUUCUUGGCCAUCUUGGGGGGUUACUUGCAGGAUAUGUCUACAUCUGGCUGAAGCGCGCGUUCAAAGGACGAGACCCGUUCACUCUUCUGAUUUCAGGUGGUGCCAGGGUUGUGACCUCACAAGUGAGAUUUGCUCAGAAACUCCUGAGGUCUGUCCUGCCCCAGGGCCAUAAAACAGGUGGAGGCAGAGUUGGAUGUCAUUCAUCAGCAAGAGAAUGCCCACCAGGUUUAUGGAGAUGCUCAACCUGCACCAAUUAUAACUCACUUGCCACAGAUGUAUGCGAGAUGUGCAGCACUAUGCGUGAAGACCGUGCCUUUCCGCAGGGACAGCAUCAUCAAGCUUGGCGUAAUGGGGAGCUUUCAGUUGAGGAGAUGCGCCGCAGGAGACUGGACAGGUUGGAUAGGUGAUGGAGAUCAUUGCUACCGGCUACAAAAUUGUGUAGUGCUAACCAAGCUCCUCCGUCUUGAAGACUGACAUCACCUUUCCUCCGCAACAUAGUUUCAGCAUUGUGAUGCUGAAGACCGACUUACGCAAUUAGACUACCCCAUCACUAUUCGAUGGAGAUUGUUAGUCAUAUUGCUGCGUUCUUUUGGUUGUAUCAGAGCCAUGGAAAGUAAGUAGGAAUGUUGGAUGCCCACUUUUGUACGAGUUAUUUCAGGCCAGGUCGGAAUUAAAAUUGCACGAGUAUAUCACAAACACUUCGUGGUAGUGGCAAGAACUGAUGAUAUGCAUCUGUCACUCUUUAUAUAGCUUGAGAUAUAUUGAUGUUUAGAACAUCAGAUCGUUUUUUC